AUGCAGUCGGCGACGACGAAACGUACGUCGGUCGUGUUGAAACUGGGCCAGUACGUAGCGCGGUGUCUGACGGCGGCCCAGCCGGACAUCUGGUAUCUGUUCUUGUACAAGUGCGGACAGCUGGUGGCGUUCAACCUGCACGAGUCCGUGACCUGCAGCGUAGGCAUCUUGGACGAAUUUUCCCAAGUGCAAGAUCAGCCCCCGGAGAAUCGCCGACCGUCGUUGUCGCCGCAGUCCCGGUGUUUGACGAGUGGCAGCGACGGCAACGCGGACGCUGACGCCGCCGCCGCAACCAUCGGGUCGCUACCGUCAACGUCUCCGCGGCCGAACGCCGCAGCGAGAGACGCUUCGCGGCCGCCGGCACCCGGGCCGGAUAACGAUCAGUACUGCGGUAUGGACGAGGACGACGAUACGGACGGAGGAAGCGGCGGCGGCGGCGUCUGUGGUAGAGGCGGCUGGGUCGCUGAAGACGACUAUACCGACUCGUCCGACGACGAUCCGUUCGUCUUUCUGACGGGCCGCCGGUCCACGUACGCCUCGUCGGGCGGUCGGAGAAGUUCCGUCGGUGUCACCGAUACCUCCACCACCGUUCGGCAACAAAGCAGCUGCGUCACCGUCAGCGACACAAGAGGUACGUAAACGGUGACAAUAUAAUCUUAUGCAUAAAAGGCCAAAUCCGUCUGUCUGGUUUUCAUUUUUCCGGUUUUUUCCCCCCAACCAAUAUGAAAACUACUCGGAAAACCAAAAAACGGCUGCCUUCGUGAGCAAUUGGAUCCGACAAAAAGGAGUCUUGGCUUUUUUUUUAUUCGAGCAAUAUUUCUUGGUAUAAACCGCAGUUUGCAAAAAUUAAAAACAGUGAAAUCGGUAACGCUGCGGCGCGCCGUAAAUAUUUGCCAUUUUACCUAUAAUUUUCUUUCCGGUUUUUUCGAAUUAUUUUAAAAACUUCUGGAAAAUCAAAAAAUGACCUCAUCAAUACACCAGCUAGAGAAAAUUUCCUGUCAGAAAACGUACUACACUCGGUACAUCAGAGCAAGAUUUCCGGUAGAAAAAUUGUUUAUAGAUAGAAUAAAAAAAAAUAUACGUUACGCUCCGAUUUAAAAUUUAAAUAGGAGAAUAUUUAUGACAGUUAUACGUAGCGUUUUUUUUUUUUUUUUUAAAUAUUAUCAUACAAAAAUGUUACAGCUAUGUUAGUUUUGGUAUUUUUUGAACAGCCUUAAUUCUGUAUAUUUCGUUUUUUGCGAUUAAACUUAAAUGUGUUACAAACAUUUAAAUUGUCUUCAGUGCCGCACUAAUAAAUAAUAUCGAACGAUUCACCAAUAUUUGCGUGAAAAAUGAAUUUGUCAAUGAUUUUUGUAAACUUCAAAAAAUUGUAGAAAAUUAACGACUCGUCAUUAGUAAACAUUUGUAACACCGAAAUUGUAUUUAAAAAUGAAUUAAUAAAUAACCACCUUGGGUUUUGUAAACAAAAUUUUUAUUUUUAAUUUAAAAAAAUGUAUAUAUAAUAUAAAAAUCAUAAUGUAUUAACGCAAGGCUCUGGUAGUUAAAAAGAAACAACAACAAACUUGAAAUUGUUGUACAGAACAAAAGUUAUUUUGUUUGAGUGAUCGCCGUGGGACCAUCUGUAUACUAUGCGAUAACAACGACGAAUGAAUGUAUAGCAGCCUUGUAAAAAAUACUUUUCGAAUUGUAUUUAAAUACAGGUACAAAUAUAUCUAUUCAGAAAGUAUUUCAAAUGCAUUUGAGUAUAUUUUUAAGAAAAAGUAUUUAAGAACAAAUAUAAAUAUAUGGCAUAUAUUCUUCUACUUCUCAAAUACUUUUUUAUUAUAAUUUUUUUUUAUUCGACUUAAUAAUAUUAAUUUUAGGUUUGCGAAUUUCGUAAUUUCCAACGUAAAAUUCAUUGUUCAACUAUUUUUAAGUAUCUAUUAUUAGAACAUUGUAUCAUCUACUUAAUUUUAUACUGAAAAAUGAAAAUAAAUACAAUUUGAUAUACAUUAAUUUUGAAAUAAUUUAAUACUUUGAAUGAAUUAAAAACAUUUUACGAAAUAGGAAUUAUAAAUUUAUCAUGUCAUAAUCAUUUCGAAAAUUCUAUGAAAAUUAACUUAAGCUGCACGCUUUUUUCCAAUUGGUAUUAUGAAAAUGUUUGUUGUAAGCCUCCCAUGGUAGUUUAAUUUCUGUCUCAUUCGUCGCAACACUGUCAAUUUGCAAUUUUCUGACUUCGUACUCCUCGAUUUAUAACGGGGAUGACGCGAGAUCCAAAUCACGGAAUAUAAACUGUAAUGUAUUAUUUCAUUACUUUAAAUAUUAAAUAACAACACGGGAUUUUCAAUGCUUGAAUUAAGAAUGGCAUUUACGUGAAAUUAUUUGAAAUUCAAAUACAAAUAAGUCCAAGGCAGUAUUUAAAAUACUUUUUAAAUAUUUAAUUCAAAAAGGAUUUAAAAAGUUGUCUAAAUAAUUAAUAAAAUCUAUUGAAUAUUAUUUAUAAAAUAAAUAAUUAAAUACACAAGUUGGGAGAAAAAUUAAAUAUAUGAACCAAUGUUCAAUUAUUCUACGAUAUGUAAUUCAAAAGCAAAAUCAAUGAAAAAUAUUAGCUGUUAAAUGUUGUUCAGAUUCUACUGGAAAGAGUAUGAUAGAAUUGUUACAAAAUGCAUUGAAUGAAGUUAAUAUUGAAAAAAACAAAAUGCAUUGGAAAUUCAACUGAUGGCGCUGCUAAUAUGCAGGGAAUUUACAAUAGUUUCACUUCAUGGCUGAGUACAGUAGCGCCACAACAAAUACGUAUUUGGUGUUUCAGUCACAAAUUAAAUUUGGUGAUAUGUGAUUCUACUAAAAAACCUGUUGUGGUUGUUGACUCUUUUAAUUUAAUCAAUUCAUGUACUGUUUUAUUUUUCAAAGAGUCAUAUCAGUGAACGAAUACAUUUUGGAGAAAUAUUAGUGAAAAUAAUAAUGAAAACAUUCGUCACAAACGCUUAAAACUGAUUAGAUAUACAAGAGGGCCUUUAAAAGAAACAGCAGUAAAUAUAAUUGUUGAUAAAUAUGUCAUGUACAAUGAAGCAAUUUAAUUAUUAUACUUGAACAAUUUCUGAUAAAAGAAUCUUUGAAAUCCAAUAUUCGAAUCAAAGCAUGUAAUCUACUAAAAUGUUAAAAUAUUAAAAUAUGAAACAAUUUUUAUUGCAAAUUUAUUUAAGAAAAUGUUUUCAAUAACAGGUUCGUUAUCUCGAUACUUACAGACUAGUGGACUAAACAUUCUAAAAUGUAUACAAAUUAUUAAUGUAUCUUUAUCUGAACUUAAAAAAUAUUAAAGAAAUAGGUAUGGAAUGUACAAAGGUCAUAUGUAAUAAGUUUAUUUCUAAAAUUAAUUUUAAAAAUUUACAACGAGUUGAUGUAUCUAAAGAAGAUUUGGAAAUUGAAGAAAUUCAAAAUAGAUUUAAAGUUAAACGUAUUAUUACGUUUUAUUAUGUAUUAUUGGAAGAAAAAUAUUGAAAAUUAUAAGUUAUUGAUGACCCUAUUUUGAAUGCCGAAAAGAAAUUUACUACGGAUGUUUAUAGUCGAGUAUUUGAUACAAUUAUACAAAGUAUGGAAAAUUGAUCUACAAACAAUAUUGAACUACUACUUGCUUUAUCUUUAUUGUCACCUACAAAUUUCGAUUUAUUUAAUAAUGAAAACGAAAUACUUAAAAAUGCGUUUACUGAAUUAUCUGUAAAGUUAAAACCAUAUCUUGAAGACACUUAAAAUAAUAUUAAAAUGAAGCUUUCUGAAAAGUUAUUAAGCUUUUCAAAAUCUUGGAAGUACCUAAAAAAUACGUAGACGAUGAAUUUAAUGAAGGGAUAUACUAUUUGAAUCGAGACUCAGAAAAUGAAGAUGAGGAAAAAGACCUGUCAAAAUCGUGCAAAAUGUUGAAAAAUAGUGCAAUUUUUAGUUCAAUUUAUUAAUUAAGUAUAAUCACUAUUUUAACAUUUUAUAUUUAUAAGAUAUACCAAACCAAUAAGCGACAUAAUAAUUUGUACAUAUUUAUUUAAUAAUUUUAAAAAUUAUGUUUAUUGGUUUUUGUUGUUAUAUACUAUAAAUAAUAUAUAAGUGUAGUUUUCUAUCUUAUAUGUUUAUGUUUUACUUAAUUAUUUAUCAUAAAUAUAUAUAUAUAUGUGUGUCUUCUAAGUUUUAAGAGACCAUAUUCAUGUUUAAUUUUCAAUAUAGUUUAGAUUACAAAGUACUCUGAAGCAACUAUGAUUAAAUGUUUGGGGGACUAAAUUUUUUGUUUAUUUAGCACUGUAAAGAGUUUAAUAUUUUGCGAUAUUUAAAAGAAAGUUUCGAUUCUGAGUGGAUUUUCGGCAAGUUUGACAUUAAAAUGUUCAACAGUCAAAAAUGCCAACGUCUUAGAUAAUAAGUAGGCCGCCUAAUAAUAUUUCCAGAAAUUAAUUUAGUUUCCACUCCGCCACUAGACGAAAUAUUAUAACCGUACGAACGGAUAAAACACAACGCGCGAGAAACAGUCGGCGAAAUAAUAUACUAUCGUUUUUUUUUUGUUCUUUUUAUCGAUCGAAAAUCAUUGUUGUCGAUAAUAUUUUUCAUCGACAUAAACGUAUGUAUAAUAUUUUUUGAUACGAACGGACGUGCAAAAUGUUUUGAAUUAUUCUGCAGGUACGGUAUUUUGAAUUAUUUAUUAUUCGCCGCGUUUGCAACCUCGAUCGGCACCUUUACCAAUAUAGGUAGGCCACCGUUGUUAUUAUUACCCGAGCGAUUAUUCGACACGCGUUUUCGAAAUGACGGACGAAAUUCAGCCAACAGAAUCGAUAGUGUCGGACGAAUACCCGAAUCUUAAGUGCCCUGCCUUACCUAUAGUAAAGGUCGAAAACAGUCAAAAAACUCGUGCGGGGUUUUUUUUAUAUAUUCGUAAAUUAUAUGAUUAAUACAAGCAUACAAGGUGCGUUUACAAACAAAUAUUUCGAGGGGGGGGGGAUUUAAGGUUAUACACUUUCGUACUCUUAUAACAAAGAAAUUAACAUACUUUCAAUGGUAAGAUUAUUUAUUUUUCGAUAAAAAUGUCAAUGUUUUAUAACAUUCAUUUUUAGCAGUGUAGGUAACUAUUACUAUAUUUUACAUUUACUAUUUGUUUUAGUGGAUAACGUAAUGAUAACCUUAUUUAUAUCGUUGUGAUGAUAAUGCAGACUAUCCAAUAUCACCGUUUUAUAACAGUUAUAAUUUUCUAAAAGCAGGAAAACUACAAAAAAUUAGAAAUGACAAUAUUAUUUAGGUACCCAUUACUAUCCAGUAAUAAAAAAAAAAAAUAAUAAAACCAAAAUUGUACUAUUUAUCUUCAUCAUUGAUUGAAACCGCUGUUGAGACUCUAUUAAAAAUCAACUUUCAUUAUAAUUUUCAUGAAAUUUCGAGGGAGGUUGUACCCUAAGCUAACCUAACCUUAGUGAAUCGGUAUUUUGUCGGUGGCGCCAUAAUUUGAAAACAGAUGGACCGAUUUGUCUGAUAUUUUUUUUGCUGUGUGCGUUAUUGUCAGGACAAGGUCUUAUGAAAGAAAAUGUUAGGAAUAUCCGCCGGAAAAGUCAUCAAUUUGGAUGGUAAUGCUUUUUUUUUUUUUUUUUAUCUCAUUCGUAUCUAAAUUAAAUCUACCAAAAUAAUUGACAUUCAGUUCUGCUGUCACGUGUUUCCGCAUGGUGUCCAUAACGACAACAAAUUGAUAAUAAAUAAAAAUAAGUUAUAGCGUCGCCAACAAAAUGUCGAUUCAUUUGUACACAUAUAGAUUAUUCUGAGAUUAUUUAAUCGAGUUAUUACCUUUGUAUAAACAUAAAUUGUCGUCAUUAAUAUAUUAUUCUCAAACUAUACUCUGUAUUACGAAAACAAUGUGUCAUAAUUGUAUCAUAUUAUUUUGUAUUUAAAUCAAUAAAUAGCAACAACAAUUUUAUUUCAAAAAACUAUAAAAACCCAAGGCAUCCAGUCUUAACAUAGACUAAGGCUCCGACUAACCAUAUCAAUCUAUAGAUGCCAGUAAAAUGCGUUUGUCUUUUUAUUUAAUUCAACUCUACCGCGUCUUUUUCUUUUAAUUGCUUUAUUUUGAACUUACCAAAUAAUCCGGUCACCACGUCAAGAUUAUGUGUUACGUAAAUUGUCAUAUUCUUAAUCACGUGGGGAUCUUACUAAGAGCACAUACUUAUACGUCGGACAAGUAAGAAAUAUAACUCUAACUCUAAUUAAACUCACCCCCUGCUCUCCCUUAUAGUAGUAAGGAAUGGACCGAUUAUAUAUCUUACUAUAAGGUAGUCAACAUAAAGUCUGGAUCCUUGCCGUCCUGUUUUUUGUCUCAUUACAUUUGUACUCAAAAAACAAUUUAGUGUAAUGAAGUACAUGUUUUCAUUACAACAGUAAUGAAAAAAUCUUUAUAGUCUUAGUACAAUCUUACAAUCUUUGGCUACAGAUAUAAAUUGAAUAACUGUAUGUAGCCCACAUUCCCAACUACCCACCUACAACAGUGACCGAAUCCAUCUCCAUUAUCAAUUGUCAGUUAAUUCAUAACAAAAUAAAAAUCUAAAUAUUAUUUACGAGUACUGCAAAUAUAACCGUAUCGAGUCAUUUAGCGCACAAUUUCAUCAGUUUUUAAACGCCCCCCCCUUUUAAGACCCACUUCAGACGAUUUGGAGGAUUAAUCAUCCUCCCAAAUUUGUUGUUUUCUUUUUUACAAUUAUAUUGAAUUACCUAAUAAGACAAUUUUAACAUUCACCUCCACCAAUUAAUAUAAACCUAAAUUUUUGUCUAUGAACACAUAAUAUUACGUUACUAGGUUGAACUUAUGUUCAUCUAAUUACCGAUUAAUACGAGCGAGAACGCCGCCACAAUACUGUCAUAUGAAACGAAUCGAUUUCGGAUGUGGAUUCGGUUGCAUUCAAAUUCGUAUUACCUACGGAAUUUUAAAUAUUACAUAUAUAUAGAAAUGAACAUUUUUGAUCCUGUACCUACACAACAAAUGCAAAUUUCCAGAAUUCGUAAAUUCCUCCGGACGAUUCAUUCCGUUUUCUUCGUUCGUAUUGAUAAUACUCGAAACGAGUCGUUUUCUUAUAGGAUAAUCGGACCCGAGUAUUAUUUCACCGUGAGCUGGAAAAAUAACCAUUUUCCGUACCGAACGAGAUACCACCCGAGUUGUUUAAUAAAAAAAAAAAUUAUUUUCAAUUAACGGCCGCGUCGUUUAAAUUUCAAGGAAAAAAAACUAUCAUUGUGCAUUAAAAUAUCAACAUAAACGAAAUAUUUAUAUUUACCUACAUUAUAUUGAUCGAUUAUAGUAUACGUCGAUCAUACAUUUAUAGAUCGAAACGAUUUUUAAUGAAAAUUAAACGAAUUUAAAAUGUCAUUAAAACUGUAACUUUUAUACGACUUUGAUUGAUCAUUAAAAUGCCGAACAAACUUUAAAAUAACUCUAUAUUAAACAAAUCGGUUCAAACAAUAUUUUAUUUGUCGGCCAUUUUGUAAAUUUUUGCGGGUUUAUACUGUUAUUAAUUAAAAAACAUUUUUUUUUUUUUUAAUAGUUCAUAAAAUAAUAAUAAAUAUACAUGUUUGAAUGUUAGCAGUAUCGGUUUUUUUUUUUUUUUUUUUCUAAUUGUAUACGCGCAUUAAUUUCGAAUCCUAUGAAAUAAUACGAUCAAUUCGAAAUGUUCACAUAACCCUAUAUAAUAAUCUUUGAAUGUCUGCCACAGAAGACAUUUUGAUUUCGUCGGAAUUCCGACUGCAGUAAUAAUAUUGUAUACAUCACAAGCCAUUUAUAUUAUAUUUUACAGUUGUUACAGUUGUUACACCGUCAGGUGUAUUAUUGUUUUAGUCCUCUUAAUAUAAAACGUCAUUGAGUCACACGACUUUGUUCUGUGUAUUAGCCCUUCAAAUACCAUCAAAACGCACGGUUUGUGUGUCUUUUUGAACGACGCCGAUUUUCGGGCACAAAAUAUCACAGGUACGUCAGUCGUUGUUGUCGUCGACAGUCCAAUAAUAAUAAUAAAAAUAAUAUAACGGGAAAGUACAUUGAGCCAAAAAUAGUACGUGCUCGUGUGAAGUCUACAUACGAAUUGUAUACACGCAAUAUGGAUAAACGGUGUUGGUAUCACAAAGAGAACGUUCUGUGAUAACAAUGACGAACACAUGAAAUGCGAUCGUGUGCACGGCAGUUGUCUAUAUUAUUACAUGGCAGUCGAUAGUCUAUAAAAAUGACAUAUUUCGUACAAAUAAUUAUUAUUAAACCGAACGAGAGACAGUGUCCCGGCGACGAGUUGUCUUAUAAAUCAAUAAUCGUCCGAAAUGUAAUUCGUUUUGCACAAUAACACGACGGAUUUUCUUUUUGCGGUAGAAUUGGCGGAAAUUGACUGACAAAAAAAAAAAAAAAACUAAAAUCUCGCUCGAUAUGGUUGUCGGUUUAUUUUCCGAAAUAAAAACGGUCUAUUGCUCUUUUUCCGCAUUUAGAGCGUUUUAUUACUAUUAUAGGUGCAAUUUUUUUAUUUUUUUAUUUCUGUCUGCGAGAUUUCAUUAUUUUAGAUUUCGUUUUUUUCGUGGUAACGUAAUUCAAUUGAAAAUAAUCGUAAAAAAGGUGACAUUUCCAUCGAAUACUUUUAUUAGAUUUUUCUAGAUGUGGUAAUAUUUUCAAAACAUUCUGGCCAUUUGUGAGCUAUUUAUAGGCAUUUGACAUUUUCGUGAGGUUUUUAUUUAGCUUAUAUGGACAACAUAUUGCCGCAUAAGCACAACUAGGAGGGUGCUAGGGAGCUUUAGCACUCCGUUUAAAAUAAGCACUCCCAAAAAACCCAAUCAAGUUUUUCAUAGUAAUGACAUAAAGGGAAUGAAUGUGGGAAGUUACUUUAGGGAGGUCAUUUUUCGAUUUUCUCAGAAAUUUUCUCAUCAAAUUUGAAAAACAGAAAAAAAAACGGAAAAAAAUGUACGAAAUAUAUUACUAAAAUAUUACGAUUUUUUUUCCUGUGCACAACUUUUCCUUCAGCAAUUUCGCUCUUAAUUUGCUCUUAACUUUUAAUGAUAGCAAUGUUUCUAAAAGGAAAUUUCAUUAGGGAGAUACUUUAGAGAGAUAAUUUUUUGAUUUUCUCAGAAGUUUUCCCAGCAAAUAUUAAAAAUCGGGAUAAAACAUGGGAGAACCAAGAAAUACGUAGGAAAACUGGGAAAAUCGAUACAACAUUAAAAUAAUAUUAUUAAAAAAAAUAUAUAAAGCCUAUUUAAUUAUUUUACUAUAAUACAUAUUGAUCACAAAGCACCGCUAUCAAUUGAACUCCGCUCAGAAUCAUUUUUUAAUGAGCAAUUUUAGUAAGCAAUGGUUUAUCGUUGUUUACAGGUAUACAUUAAAUUAUUUAUAACAUUGGCGUCUUCAUUAUCCUAGGACGUCUUUUUUUUUUUUUUUUUAAACGACGUUCCGUAUUUUUAUUAAAUAUUAAUGUUACCGAGAUUUUUGUGUGAAAUAUUUGACAAUUUGAAUUAGCGCAACAAAAUGAUACGGUGUACAAUUUAUGCAAUUCAUAAUAUUUUUCUCGGGCAAUUAAAAAGCUUAAAUUCGGUUUUGCAUUUUUCGUUGUUUCUCCGUUAUUUUGGCGUAAUUAUCUCUAUAAUACGAGCCAUUAUUUAAUGUACAAACGCAACUUGUAAUUUGUGUAUUGAUCAAACGGAUAUUUUUAAUUGUAUUUCUGUAACAUUUUACGUCAAAAUUUUGGAAACCGACCGUUACAUUUGUAAUUGUUCGCACAAGUAUUUCUCUGCGGAAUUUCGCAGUCUACUACUCGUGAGAUCGACAAUGCAAUCGCGCGCAGACAAAACAAGACGGUAUCUGGUAUACCGCGUUCCGCUCGUCUAGAUUCCGAAUUCAUAUCGACGCCGACGACAUCGAUAGAUAGGUUUCGAGGUGAUUUCGAGAAUCGUGUCAAUUGACUUUUCGAAUGACCUCGACGCCGGCCAGUAUAAAUAUGAGUAGCCGGCGCACGUAAUACCGUCAUUAUUCAUUGUUACCGUCAUUAAUACGACAUUUCACUUUGUAUACAAAUGCAAUAUUAUUGUUCACGUUUAUGUCUUCUACGAUAUAAUUGAACAGACGGUCCAGUUUUGAGUGGUAUUUUUUUCGGAAAUGGGUAAGGGCAAAUAAGUGCGGCAUUAUGUUUUAAAUGUAUACGAAAUAUCAAAACCUGAAAACGGUCGCUGUCAGCGCGCUUUGUUUUAAACAAUAUAAAUCGUCAAUCGUUGAACCCUCGUGAAAAAAAUAUUUGAAAAAAAAAACUAUAAUGUCCGUUUACGGGUGUCCAACUGAUUUAGAAAGGGAAGUUGGUGAGGGAAAUAUUAUAGAGUAAAUUAAUUCAUAUAAUCUUUUUGAAACUAUAAAAAGUGGUAUCAAAAAACGAUUCUGAGCAGAAUAUUUUUAGUCGUUUAUCAGCAAUUUUACAAGAAAGUUCCCAUAAAGUUUUUGAUCGGAACAAGAUUUCUGAGUUGUAGGUUGAAAAUUGAAACCAUCAAAAACACACCGUUAAUACAUACACUUACAAAAUUACAUCCCUAUGCUUCAUUGAUAAGUUUGUAGAAGAGGUGUUCAAAGCUAAAAUCACCAUUUUCCCAUAACAACAUCAUGGCAGAUAAUCCGUAUAAAUGAAAAAAUCAUGUAUAGGUAGUAAAAUUUGACGAAUCCGGUAAUAUAUUGUAUACAUAUACAAUCUAGCAUUUGGAAAAAUCCGGAUUUACCAAAGUUUAAUAAUCCAGAAAUCCGAAUACCAUUUUACAAUUUGAAUUUUGCUCUAAAUUUAGAUUUCUGAUUUCGUAACUUUAAAUUAGGAUUGUUUUAUGCAUCGUGUGAUACGAUUAAAAUAACUACUAAUAACAAAAUAUUGAUUAAAUAUAUCUAUACCAUUCAAAUAUUAGCCAUGAAUAUCAAAACGGCAAGUGUAGAUGAUUUUCGUUUCUCAUAAUUUAUAGUAUAUACUCUAAUAAUAUCUACAUUGUGAAAUGCAUAUUUAUGAUUUUUAAAUCCAAAAAACCGAUAUCCGGAUUUUAAAGCCUGCAAUCCAAAAUCCGGAUUUAUCUCACGUCACUACUCACUGUAAUACGGAAAAGAUAACGAAUCAAAGGUGAUUAGCACAAACUAUAUUGAAUCUUUUAUUACAAGUUUGACUUGUAUGUUAAAUUGGUAAGUAAUUGUGUAGAUACGUGUUCAUGAUCUUAAGGACUAAUUUAAGUAUAAAUUUAGUGCUAGUUUUUUUAUUUUGCUUUUUAUUCGAAGUUAACCAAAUUUCCUAUGAUUUCUGAAAAGAAACCGAAAUUUAACAGACGAAUAAUCAAAUGUAACCGAGUUACUGUAUUUUAAAUUAGUCGUAUUAGCAAUUUUGGUUAAAUUAUUUUGUUUAUAACUUUUGGUUUUAGGUUACUAAAAUAUCAUAACUAAAUAUCGGAUUUGUAGGCACUUACAAUUGUUGAAUAUGCACGCAAACAAGCACUAAAAAUGUUAAAAUAUGCGAGACAGAGUUACGGAGUACGCAGAAUAAAAUUAAAACUUGUACUGCGGCUUUCAAUUGUAUUUCGUAAUUUUGAAGUAUAAAUUAUUAAUUAUUAUAAUUUGUUUGAACAAAAAGUAAAAUAUACAAUUACUUAAUACUUAAUUUUUGUUAGUAUUAGCAUUUUAAAUUAUACUUAUGUAGUUAACUACAAACUGUUAACCAAAAAGUAUAACAAACUAAGAAUACAUUUAAUUUUUAAUUUUUAAUACAUUCAAAAGCUAAGUAAAUAGUAUAUUAGUAAUCAAAUAAUGGUACAGUACACAGUUUUAAAUAUAAUCAUGAAUAUAAAAUAUGCUAUAACUCUGUAAUAAUAUCAAGGGAUUUAUUGGAUAAGAAAUCAAUAUGAAAAAUUAUAAAAUUUUUAAUUUUUUGAAAAAUUGUCAUCACUAGGGUUGACCAAUAUUCCAUUGAGAAAUUUUCAUUUUAUCUCUCCCAAUUUCUAAUCGCAUUUUUUCAAUUAUGUUUUAAAUAGUUGCAUUAGAUUGACCAAUCAGUUUAGAAAAUCGAAUGAAAUUUGUUUUUUUAAAACUUUUAUGAAACAAGAAACUCAACAAUUUUACAAUAUCGGUAUUUUUGAUAACCUUUGUUUUUAGAAAACUACGAAAAAUAAAUUUCGAAAAAAAUUAAUACUUUCCGAGAUAUUGACUAGUCCGUGUAAAAUGAUCAGCGUAUAGCGAUGUUUUAUUUAUAACAUAAGCAUUUAAUUUAUUUGAUAGUUUAUUUAAUUUGAGCAUCUCAUAAUGAAAAUGGGUAAUCAUUUCGUUUGUAAACAACAAUAGGUACGAUAGGUUUUAUCUUUUAAAUAUUUUUGAUAAUAAUUUUAAUUAUGUAUCAGGAAUUUUCCAUCGGCCAUAUUUUCGUUCAGCCACUUUUACCAGCCCAUUUUUCCAUGGCCAUUUUUGCUUUAGCCAUUAUUUCCUAAACUUAAAAUUUGACCGAACAUUCACUAUGUAUUAAACAGGCAUCUGAAAUUUUGGGAAAUGAUUACUGUCACCAUUAUAGCCAUUGCUUUUGAAUUUGAAGUCGUCAUUACUUAUAUAUUUCUGACGGUAUACGGACCUUCCGUAAUUAAUUUACCUUCCCAACUUACUACUCAUAAUAGUACUAAUCUUUUAUUAGUAUCAGCUCUUUAUUAUGAAUCAAAUUAUUGAAAAAAAAUUCCACUUCAACCUCCAUAGUCGUAGUUACCUACGUGAAUACACACGAAAUCGUUGACCCACUUUUUUGUUUUAUUAUUUUUUUAUAUUAUGUAUUUGUAUUUAAACAAAAACAAUAUUAUUCAGUUCAUUGUCGCCAGCAAUUAUAUUUGGAGCAAACACGCAUUACAAAAGAGCUCACCAACCAUCUCUCACCCGAACCACAUUUCAAACAAGAUUCUUAAUCUGUUACAACAAAUAACAAAUCAGGUUUAAUAUUAACUUUUUUAUUGGGAAGAGCAAACUUGAAAUUAAUUUAUAGGUAUUUAUCUAACGUUUUUAACAUUAUUUUUUAAAGAUUAUUCAUAAUGUUAUAUUAUACGCAGUGAUGCAGUUAUGGGGAAGGGGAUGAUAAGAUUAUAUCCUUUCCAAAUCUUUUUUUGUAUUGUUAUGCAUCGUAGAAUGUAUAUUUGCAAUCAAAAAUAGGUUCUGAGAGGAGUAGUAUUUAGUCAUGUUUUUACAUAAUUUAAUAGAAACCGUGGGAAAUCUAGAAAUUGUUUCAAAUAAGCAAGUAUUUAUAAAAUAAAUACAUAAAUAAAGUAAAUUUAAGACUAAAAAAAUAUAUAUUAUUACUGACUAAAUAAGUAUUAAAAAGUAUUAAUUUAUCAAUAGUUAAAGAAGUCUGAAAGCAUACGUUUUUUGGAAAGAAGAGGUGGUAUAUAGCACAAUAUCACUAUUUAAAUAUAUUAUAAACGUACUACUCUAAUAAAACGUUAUAUUUGUAUGUACACUGAAUAGCUAUGGAUAAUAUGGUUGCAACACAUUUCUAUUUAUUUUUAUAUCUUUAACUGCAGAAGUAGAACACGUUUAGGUGCAUAAACACAUUUACAUAUAACACGUUUCAAUAGUUCGAUGCGUAAAUAUAAUAUUACAACAGUAUAAUGGAUCUUAUUUCAAUCUCUAUAUUAUCAUAUACAAGCAUCUUUGUCCGACUUUUCUUGACUAAAUUUUCACAGCAAAUACCUUUUAUUACCAUAGGCAUCUAUUAACGAAGAAUUUUUGAAAAUUCCACGCCCAAAAAAUAGCUAACCCAGGGUUUUUUAUAUUUUUGGAAGAAAAAUUAAAUUGUAUACCUUAACGUUGGCGAUCUUGACGACAUGGGUGGUCAUUAAUUGGUUAUCACUGACAAGAUUUAUUAUUAUUAUUAUUACUAUUAUUACAUUAUUUUACAAGCUUUGAUAGUCAAAAAAUACUUAAGUUAAAUCUACCCUAUGAAACGGUUUUUAAUACUUCGGUGCAUAAAUAAAGGGUGGUAUACGAUUGCGAACGGACCUUUCCCUAUAACACGAUUUCCAUCGUUCUUACCUGCUUUUUUUCGUGCUGCGUUGCCAGAUUUGGUGUUUUUUAAUUACAUUUAUAUAAUAAAUGGAUUUAAUAUUAUUUUUCCAAAUUUUGUUUUAUUUUCAAAUAAUCAAAUCAUAUAUGAUUACCAUCAUAAGAUAACAGUGGUUUUCUGCAAUUACGCCGGACGAUAAGAUACGGUGAAGAAUAGAUUUUAACAUAAUUGUACACAUACAAUUUUUCCUAAAUGUAUAUUAAUUUGAUGGAAAACCAGCUUAUUCGUAUCGAUCGUGCUUUAUUUUUCAUGUUUCGUUCAUGUCCUAUAAUAUGUACACAAAGAAAAAAAUUUGAGCUGAUCAACAAUUUAAACAUUAUUAUUUUGUAUUUGUAACACCUAGUUUUAACGUUAAAAUGUUUAUGAUUAAAUCCCCGAAUAAAAUAAAACAUAUUCAGAAAAGUUUACACUAUCCAACCUUGGCAAAGAAACCUAAAUGAACGUUCGUAAUCGUUCGUUUUUCGGUGAAAAUAAAUUCUUUCAUAAACGACAUUCGUCCGCAAUCGUAUUUCACUCUGAAUAAACAUACUUCGAACGUCGGGUGGGCCACUGUUGUAGGCACGAAGUUAAAAGAUAUAGAGGGUAAUUUAAUUUGUACCUGUACGCAACGAUAAACCAUUGCUAAAGAAAAAUGAUUCGGAGCGAAAUUCGGUUAUACAUGUUUUAAAAGGCUGUAAUAUUUACGACUUUAGUCAAAAUGUAAUAUUAAAAUCCUUAUUAAAAAAAAUACUACAUUAAAUUCAAUUUUUCGUUUUUGAACACAAAGUACAACUUAUAAUGAAUCUCCUAUUAAAUUUUUAAGCACUUCUGUUUAUUCUAACAAUUGUAUCCACAGAGUGGAUGUUUCUUUCAGUAAAUAAACUAAAUUACCUAUCUGGUAUCUAAUACUGUAGGCUUAAAUAUUUACUAUUCACUUCAUCUGAAGAAUUAAAACGUGUUGAUUGAUGAGAUAAGUUUUAAAUUUGGAGCGUGGCGUAAUGAUUUUACAAUUAUGUUUUGUUUUUUUUAUAUACUGUGAGCUUCUUUUUUACCAGAAAUCUUGCUUUGAUAUAUUAAGUGUAGCACAUUUUCUGAAAGGAUAAAAGGAAAUUUUAUGCAGAUGGUACUUAAAGCAGAUAAUUUUUUUGAUUUUCCAAACGGUUUUCAUUAAUAAUUGGAAUAAAAAAAAUUGAAAAACGGGAAAAUGUACAUACAUGUAUAAAAGAAACUGCCCACCCGUCAUGUGAAAUAUGUCCGUCUUUUUGAAAUUGACAAUAUUAUGCAUUUGUAAAUCGAAUGUUGAAAAAUUACACAAAGUAUACGAAUAUAAUAUUUUAUUUAUUAUAGUUAAAUUAAUAAAAACCAUGACCGUUUCAUACAUCAUAACAACAGGAUGACGUAAAUCUAAAUCUUUCCAAUUAUACGAGAGUAUCGCAAUACGAUUAUUUUAAAAAUAGUUAUUGAAUCAUACAUUUGUUUCAUAAUAUAAUAUUAUGGUGAAUUAUCAAACAAUAUAAAAUAUUAUAUUAUUUGUGUAAUAAUUAAAUACCGGAUUUUGCAUAAACUGCACAUUAGUAUGUUCUACAUCAUACACAUGAGUCAAUGAGAGUCCAUAAAUCAUUACUGAUUGAUUAAAUAAGAAAAUAUUAUAUCGCAUAUUUUCGCAUAUUCCGACGUUAGUGCAUAUUCUGUAUGGUUUUACAUAUUUGGUCACUAUAAAUAAAAUUAAGUAAAAAAAGUACAAAAAUACGCCCCAUAAAGAUGAACAUGGAACACAUUUUGGUAACUUACUGUUUUACCAAUAUUAACAUACUAUAUUUUUCGUCGUUUUUUAUUAUUAUAAUGUACUAAAUUAAAUAACGAAAAUAAUAUUUAUUUGAUUUUUGCUAUGUAUUAAAAAAUAAAAAUAAAAUAUAUUCUUAAUGCAUUGUAGUUUUUAGUUUACAGAUUUUAAUUAAUUACCUAAUAAUAAUUUAAAAUGCUCAUACACCUUCUUAAAAAAGUCGAAUAUUAAAUUUUUAUACUGCAUAAUUAUGUAUUCUACAUAUAUUUUACUUUUUUUUGUACAAAUUAUAAUAAUUAAUAAUUCAUACUUCAAAAUUCCGAAUUAUAGUAAAAAAACCGUAAUUAAAAUUUUAAUUUUAUUACCAAUGCAUAUUUCGUAACUUUUUUCUUACAUACUUUGACUUUUUUUAGUACUUAUUUGCAUGCAUAUUUAAAAAUUAUAAGUACAUAUAAAUACGGACUUAAAUUAUUUGAAUAUUACCUUUUUUAAUUAUAUAACAUAAACAGUAAUCACAUAUGCAAUUUGUUUUGCUAGUCAAAUUUUGUUAGCAUUUCACUAACAUUUUUUUAUUUUUUAAAUUUUUUUUAAUUCGAUUUAUAGAGGGCUUCAGAACAUUUGGAUAGUGGUCCCUCAAGUACAAACAAGGUAUUUAAAUGGAUACGUGAAUAUGAAUUGUAUCCCCUCUCCUAAAAUGAGCACUCAAAUGCUUUACUGUUACUAUGUCCUAUGGUAUUCUCUGGCUUUUUAAAAGCUAUUGACUGUCGCCGUAUACGUAAUACAAGAAUAUAACACAUUUGGUAUAAUAUUAUUUUAUAUUUAAGUACAAGGUAUUUACGACUUUAUAAGGUUUGUUUGGCUAUAAUAUUAUUUCUAACCUUCCUGUCAAACUGCCACGACAAUAAAAACUGAGCAUAACAUCGGUUGGCCUAAAACGUGCAACGGUGUUCCCAUAAUUACCAACACUAUGCUGUUAAAUCUCAAGUAUACUGCGUAUAUUCUCAUAUAGUUAUUCAAACAAUUGUGACAAAAUCUUCAUGAUAUAAUAUUACCAUUCAUAUUAUCAAUUAUUUCACUAAAACUACUAAACUAAAUUAUUUUUAUUUUAAAUUUACUUAGGACUUACAAUAAAACAAUAAUGCAUAAUUAAUUAUAUUAUUUAUACCUACUUGUUUUUGUAAUAUCAUUAAUAAAAAAAAGACGGACAUAUUUCAAAAGUGAGUGCAGCUAUUGUUGUAGGUAGGAAGUUUGGAAAAUAGAAUACAGAAGAGAAUUGAAUGUAUAUCUGUAAGCAGCGAUAAACCAUUGCUAACGAAAAAACGAUUCUGAGCAGAAUUCGGUUGAUAAUGAUGCUUAAGUAUGGAAUAAAGAAAUAUAAUAUAGAAAUAAUAAAGUAAAAUAAAAUUAUUAAAAUGGUUAAUACUCGUAAAUAAAUAUAUUGAAUCGCGUUUUAUAUUUUGACUGUGAUAUACCUGAUGAUGAAUUUUUGAUUCAAAACUGGUCGUACAAUACACUUAUCAUACUACUCCAGGUGACGUAUUCAUUCUUUUAUUUAUUAUUUUUCAUUUGUAUACGAAUUAAUUUUUUAUUUAUAGAUUUAUCUACUAUAUUUAAAAACGAGUAGUUAAAAGAAUGUAUUAAAAUCUAUAUUUAUUUCAUUUUAAUAUAGCUCGGUCUAUAGUAUUGCUUUUUCAACCAUAUGCGUUUCCAUGACAACAAUGAUUGACAACCAUUCUUUUUAAUCUUUACAUUUUUUUCAACCUAAAGAACCAGGUUUUCUUCGUUAUCUCGAAUAUGAAAAUUUCAAGAAAUGAAAUCUCUAAAGUACCACUCAGAGAAUAUUUCCUUUCAGAAAAGACGCUAUACUUGAUAAUCGGAGUAAGCUAUCUAGUAGAAAAAGUAUUUACAUAAAAAAAAAUAAGAAAAAAAAUAUCUCUAUGAAACAAAUAAAUUUUUCGCUACGCUCAGAAUCUAAAAAAAUUGUCAUUACAAAUAUCGUAUAAUUUAAAAAAGUUGUUUAAAAAAAAGGUGAUAAUUUUUUUUUUCACUUUAGAAGGCGCGCGUAUAAUAAAAAUUAUUGAGAACCAACGACCAAUAGGUAUCUAUAGUGUACAACUGAGAAUUUAAAACUCGUUCCCCUGUUGUUUGACCGCGAAAUCGAAUCGGCUGCGCGAUUGUUUUACACGAUUACACUGUAUACACGAUACGCCGUUUUCUGAGGAUAACUCCUUUCUUCCACAACGAAUUUUCGAUAAUAUAUAUUAUAUUACGUAUGAUGUAACUGUAUAUAUAUAUAUAUAUAUAUAUACAUAUAUAUAUAUGUGUAUGUAAUUAUUUAUUUAUAAUACUGAAGCAAUGUAGGUAAUGCAUAUUAAUAAUGAUUACAUUAUACAGCACGUCCUAUCAAAAAACGUUACUUCACACCGUUUACAACAAAUUACACCACGUGUAAGUACAUGAUUCUUGUCGGAAAUUUGUGUUAAACAAAAAAAAAACUUUGGCACACGAUCAGUGGCGUAUCCAAAAAUUUUUUUUUUCGGGGGAAGGGGGAUUGAAAAAAAUAUAACAAAUGAAAUUGUUUUGAAUUUUGUGUGUACUAUAAUCAUACAUUAAACAAUUUAUAACUAUUUUACAGCGCUAAUUGUAUAAAAGUUAAAUAUUUAUCUCUUUUAAAAACUGUAAACGUAUACUCAUUUUUCGUUUUGACCUAUUAUUACAAUACACACACUACGCUAGACUAGACUUGUAUAUUAUUAAUUGGUAUUAUUUGUGUAUACUGUCAAGUGCAAUAACACUUUUUUCUUUAUUAAAACUAUAUAUUAGUAUUUUUUUUUAUUUCGAAGACAUUUCGGGAGGGUUACCCAAGUCCCCCUGGAUACGCCACUGUAUACGAUAUUCCUACACGCGGUCUUCUCUUUCCCAAAAAGGGACCCGAACUGAUCGUUUUCAAAACUAAAUAUACACACCCGACAUUUCAAACAAAUUAUUUAAUGAUAAUUUAUUUUUAAAUCGUGUACAAUUUAUGUUUAUAUUCAGUAUUAAAGUAAGUUGCACGUGUUAAAUUAAUACAAAAUCAAUGAACAAUUAAAUCAUUUAAUAAAUUACGAGUACAGAAAUUAAAUCUAAUGUAAAAAUCCCAUUCUUACAAAUGAUAUACUUUAUUUAUUUAUUUAUUAAAUGUACUAAUACAUUAUCUUUACAAUAAUUACGUGACCGACCAUCUUAAUAUAGAACUAUUUUACAAAUUAUAAUUAUGUGUAAAAAUUAUUACACCUAUUAUUCGUAAAUAAUAUAUAAUUACUAAAUAAUUAAGUAAGUAUACUAGGAUUUUGAAGAAACUUAUUAUUUCACUUUUGAUAUACGCAUUAAAUUAAAGACGUACAUUAUUAUGCAUCCCUAAUUAAUUUUACUCGUUCUCAUCAUUGUGAUAAAGUCUGCAGUAGGUAACUUUAAUGCACUCAACAAGAGUGUUGUGUAUAGUAAAUAGGUACAUAAUAUAAUAUUGUGUGUACAUAACUAUGUCUCACAGACAUUCUUAUAAAUACUAUUUAUCAAACCCUCGCCGUGUUUAGUUGUAAGCGUAUUAAUAUUAAUAAUAUAUGAGCAACUGUUUUCUAUUUGAAAAAUUCACCGUUUGCAUUCGGAGAAUGCUGCAAGAGACAGGUGGCGCAUAUCCGAAGUUUUUUCGGUGGAAGGGAAGCUGACAGCUUUUUUUCAAGAUCCUUGAACCGACCUUACUUUUAUUUAAAACCACUAUUUUUUUGAGAUUUCGGGGGGCCUAGGGCCCCCCAGCCCUUUAUAAAUAUGUUCCUUGUAAUAAGAGUAGGUUAUAAUUUGAUAGAUUUACUUCAAAAUUAGUAGUUCUUGUGCGCAGACAAAAUACAGUAAUAAUUUAUUUUAACUGUUUCUCUAUCCGUCUCUUAUUAUCAAUAUUCAAUACUCAGAUCGGUGUGCCGUUUUGCUCCAUCCGUUUCUGACUUCCACUGUCCCUUAAUUAUUAAUCGCGUCUAUAAUUUCAUUUAUGAUCAGUUUUAAAAAUUUUGGUCAAGAUCUUCCUACAUGGUUCUUCCUUUCGAUGUUUCUUUCAAUUGUCAAUUUUAAGUUUUAACAGAUCUAAUUGACAUCUCAUUACAUGGCCAAUCCUUUAAUUUCGUCUCCUUAUCAAACUUUUUUACAGUGCUCUUCUAAUACAUUUAUUCGAUAUAUACGAUACAUACGAUUCUUCUGUAACACCAUACUACAAUCGCAUCUAAUCUAUUUUGUUCUUAUAUUAAUAUCAUUCAAUAUCACUUCCAAAUAUCAUAUUUUGUUUAAAACAUAUCUUUAAUACAUUACUCCUUAAAUGCAGGAGCGUGCUCACGCAAAGGUGGAUGAAAGUGUCAUGUCCAGCCUUCCUUGACCAAUUUUUAUAAUUAAUUUAUAUUUCAUGAAUUUUCUGUAUAAUUAUCAUGUUAUAUUAGUAUUUAUUGUUAUUUAGUGAUAACAUUUUUAUAAAGAUUUCCAUAUAAAUCUUGAUAAAAAAACUAAAACGCCUAGAAUAUAAUAGACUUAGUUUUGUAACUUUAUGAUAUAAUGCAAUGUAUUUUAUGUUUUUAAAUAAUUUUUAAUCGUUAAAAUACAUAUUUCAAUUGUAGAUUGAGAUUUCAGUUUAUUUUGUAACAAUAAUUCGAAUACUGAAAUUUAUAUUGCUCCUAUCAUGCAAAAAAGUUAUGCGCGUUACUACUUAAAUUAAUACUAAUAUCACAUAAAUAUUAAAUACGAUGUCAUUUUACUGUUAAAAUCUAUUUUAGCAUACAUUAUUUUACAUAAUGCGUUUAGUUAUAUCCUUAUCACUUCAUUGCUGAUUAUAUAAUAUAUUGUCUAAGUGAACUCAUUCACUUGUUCCAUUUCUUGAUAUUAUCAAUAUAUUUUUACCCUUGCAUUAUUUAUUCUUCCACAUAUAAGAAUUUAAUUUUUCUAUAAAAGUUGAACAGAAAAAAUUAAGAAACAUAAUUUACUUAAAAUUAAUAAAACAUUAUAUUACCACUAAUGAUAGUGUUUUAUGCUCAGGUAUGAGUUUUUAGAAAACAUAACUAAAGUAUAUAUUCUAAUAUUUAAAUUGCAUAUAGUUUGAAUAAUUUUCACUCCUGGGAACACUUUAUAGUAUAUUUUAAGAGACGUUAUUUCUAUAAAUUAUAGUUUGUAACAUUUGAGUUGUUAAAUUCUAUGGGUUUGGACACAGAAUAAAAAUUAAAUUUUAGUGUCACUUGUAUAGGUAUAAGUGGUAUCACGUAUAACUAAAACAACCGUUUACAGUGGUAACUAUACAAUUUCAUUAGUAUUAUUAUUGUUAUUAGAAUUUACGCAAGUGUCCGAUAUUAUAUUAUUUUGGUUACCGUGUCGAGUAAAAACACAGUCAUCUACUGCACCGAACAUAAUUCACACUUUCUUUUCAAUUCCCUGUGCGGCAAAAUACAAACGGUUUUUUUUCAUAAGCAUAAUACAUAAUACAUCUAAUAAAUAAUACGCAAAACGAAGUUUUCCUGUGAAAACGCAGUGAUGUGUAAUAACUAUACACCAGUGACGUGGCGAAGGAGGUAAUCGAAAAGCGGCUGACUUUUUUUAAGGAGUGGUGGGUGGGUGAGUAACAACUAAUGGAUAACAAUAUUAUAUUUUGUAACUAUGAAUGCAGGAAAAUAAUGCACAAAAAAAUAUUUUGAUAUUGAUAAAUCGGUAGUCAGUAUUCACUCUGACGAUAGUAAUGUUCCACCACGCUUCUAUAAAUAUGUCAAUUUGUAAGAAAGUUAUAAAACCCAAUGUGAAAUCUUCAUAUAUAGUAGUAGUCAAUGGAUGGGUCAUGAGAUCGUCGAUAGGUAGGUGGGUAUUGGAAGAAAAUACUUGCCUUUUAAAAUAUUUGAAUUCGCCAUGCCACUAACUAUAUUUGUAAUGUUUUGGUUUUCAUUUUUGUUUAUCGUUAAUAUUAUAUUAUAUACCUAAAUAUUGUUAAAUUUAUGAGCCUUGUUAUUAAACGGUGCAAGUGGUAGGAUCAGGUCUAGACAAUCCUUCGUCCCAUCCCCAUUUUGGUACAUGCGAUAAUAGUAAUGGUUAUAUAAUCAAACAUAUACCGUCAGCAGUGAUACAUUUGAUUUACAUUCAAACGCUAAUGUAAACUCAACUUUUUUACUAGCCGAUAACAACGACUUUAUGAUAAAACGUCAUAUCGAAUUGUUCAAUUUUUUUUUAGGUACGUGGUAUAAACAUAUAGAAGACCAAAAAUCAAGAAGAAAAACCAAAACAAAUCGAAAAUUGUAUGUAUUUAAAUACACGAAAAAGACGAAAGACCAUCAUAUUAUUAUUUGUGGAAUGUUUAGAAAAUAUUAACACACGGCAUAUUCGAUAAUAAAAAACCGUCAUGGUGUUAAGUGAAUAUUCUUUUUAAUGACGUUUAUUCGGUUUUUAUCUUGUUAUUAGACCAAGGUAUAAAACAAGACACUAAUUACACUCUCCGAUUUACGCACCAGCUAUAAAAUCAAGCAUCUAGUUGCUAGACGCUAAAUGUCAUAUUGUGGUGCAAGAAAACUUCGAUAGGAGCUAGUCGAAAAAUGUGUUCAUAGACAGAAGAGAAUAGAAAAAAAUCACUGACACUCGAAUCACUUUGGAAUACAGAGUUCUGUAUUACUAUUAUUAUAAUGUGCACUCGUAUUAUGCGAUUAAGCGUUUAUUUCUUUACGGUAAUAUACAUUAUUAUAAACGGCUUUCGAAAAUACGGCCACGAGUUUAGUUCGAUACGCGUCGUAAUAGUCUGGUAUUUUGGCAAAAAAAAUUUGUUUUUUCUCCCUCACAUUUGUCACGUCAUGGCUCGGUUGGACACGCUCCCUCAAAUAUAUAUUAAUAAAUACUCAACGCAACUAACGAAAUUAUAUUCUCGUGACAACAAUAUAGGUUUAUUGGUCCUAUUGGAUAAUUGAUAAUAAACGUAUUAUUAUGUUUUACAAUCACCGACUAGAGAUAUUAUAUUACACAAGGAAGGAUAUAGUAAAUUUGGAAAUUGUGUCAUAUUGUACAACGUAUGUACAGACUUAACAAUUAGCAUCAAUUUUUAAUGUACAUAAUAGUAGUUUUGUAAGACAUGGAUAAUUUGCUUGCCCUAAAAUUAUCAUUAGAAUCAAAUAACUAUAUAGUAUGUAGUAUCAAUUUAUUUACUAUUUAGAUAUAUAUUAAUCCAACCCCUUCAUAUUAUAUUGUGAUUAGAAUAUUGAUUCUGUUUUAAACAAAAAAACGUGUACAUUCAGAUUUUGUUUGAUAUAUAAACUAUUGUUAAUUUUUACGGCUAAAAAAAAUAAGAAUUUAAAUUUGAAAAUAAGUAAUCAUUAACUUAAUUUGAGUAGGUAACUGAGUUAAGUUUGACAUUUUCAGGAAAAUAAUAAUAAAUAUUAAGUUGAAAGUUACUUUUUUUUUUGAUUACCCUUAACUAUACACUCAUAACUUCAUAAACACAAAAUAGGCGAUAUUCUCAUCAAGAAAUAAUUUGUAUAAAAAAAGGCUUAAAUUCAUUUUUAGAAAUAAAUUAAAUAUUAAAAAAUAACUAUAAUUAAAGUUGAGAUUAUUUAUUAAAAGAAAUCACUAUAAGUUAUUUUCUAGCAUUUAAUAUUUUUUUUAAACUAUAAAUUAGUUAAAAGUUACCUUAACUAUUAACUUUUAAACUAGUUUAGCCCAGCUUUGAAUACUUUACAUAAUAAUAUUAUAAAAUCACAAUAACGAGUGCAACGUUAAAUUUUAGGGAAGACAUGAAUCCAUGCAUGUAAAGUAUUAAUUUUUUUCCAUAUUAAUUGAAGGAAGUUUCAUAUAUGACGUGAAUUUUUUGUACCUCUCCGUUAACAAGUUUUCGAUCUGAAUACUUGCUACAACAAAAAAAACUUUUUACUUUUGGUUACCUAUAAAUUAUAUUCUAUACAAAUUAUUUUAAAGUCAUAAAAACUACUAGCUAUUAUAGCGAAUACCUUCUACAUAAAAAAAAAAAUAGAGUAAAGACCUUUUUUCCACUGAAAUUUCACUAACGUCGUGAUGUCGAAAAAUAAAUAAUUCAAAAAAUUAGAAUACAAUAGGCAGUUUCAUGUCUAGAAACAGUCAAAGCUGAUAUACCGAAUCACAUAACUUACAUAAAAAAUAACUAUAAUUUAUUUUAAUAAUACAAUAACAUUAAAUUAUGUUAACUUAAUGUAUGCGAUACACUAUGCCUUUUGGAAUGUCGGAUCUUUGCAAUGAUUUAACAAAGAAAAUCUAAACAUAUUUCAUGCGUAUGCAGGCUUUAUAGACGUAGGAUACGGGGGUCUAAGCUAAACUGCACUUUUUUCGUACAUUUUUGCAAAAAACUUUUGACUACAUACUCAUUUUCAGAAAAAUUGUAAGAAAUAUUAAGGGAGCUAAAAGAAAUGUUGGGGGCUAUAGCCUUCUUACCGCCAGAUUCUACGCCUAUGGUUGGCUUCUGCUAUACGCGGAAAAUUGCAGGGAAAGUAUAACAAUAUAUGGUGUACCUAACUCAUUUAGUUUAAAUAUUAAUUUAAAAGAUUACACGGAAAACUAUUCUGAUCGAAUUGUUAGUUUUAUUUAUCAUUUAUUUAUUAUUUGUUCUAAAUUUAAGUUAAACAUUUUAUUCACGUAAAUCGAAAGAAAAAAAAACACUAAUAAUAAAAAAAUUUAGAAAUAAUAUACCCAUCGUGUUUAGAAAAUGCUAGUUAAUAAAAUAAGAAUUUUUUCGUAAAGGUACUUAUAUUAGGUACUAUAGAAUACUAAAUCGACUUUUCGAAUUCGUUUUUUGUUGGCUUUUCAAUUUUUUAAUUUUUUAUUAUUAGUAAAAAAAGAAAACGAGGAAUUUUAUUACUCUCUCUCUCUCACUUCAUUUUAAAUGGGAUUCCCUACGGCACAAAGUGCUACAAAGCUCCCAUGAAAUUUCACAAGUCCCACUAAUCUUCUGGUUGUAAUCGCGCAUAUUCGUAACAGGAAAAAAAGCGUUUAUCAUAUAUAGCUAGUAAAACCCAUGCGCUUUGAAUGCUGAUACCAAUAGCACAAUCGGUUAUAAAAAUAUACACACCAGUAGAUAUGCGUAUGGUAUAUACGUUUAUUUACGCUCGUACACACAAAGUGACACCGACAUUUUAGAAAUAGUUGUAUUUUGUUUUCAUGCUAUCUCCGUGCACCGAUAUCGACGAUAACUGUCAGCUCGUUUGUUUUGUUUAAUACAUCCAUAAGCCGUAAUGUCGGUGUUCGAACGGUCAAUAUUUUUCGUCGUGAAAAUUCGGAUGUUGUCAAACGCAUGACAACGUUUAUAUUGUUGUUCUGCUGUUUGAAUAAAAGAUACACAAAAUGAACGUAAGUACAAAAUAAAAAUCUUACAUAAGUAAUAUUUUUAAAAAAAAAUCCACGUAAAACCGUUUUCCAAUAUCUUCAAAAAGUAUGUAACAUACAAAUAUAUAGAGCACAAAAAUGAGAUUUAUUACAAAUCUAACGUCACUGUACGUUUUUCUUCUACGUCUGUUUGAAUGUACGUGAUGUGAAAUAUUAUAGAUACCUACACAAAAGCAAGGUAGUAUACGAGAAAAAAAGAUCAGAAUAGUUUAUAUUUCAUAAGUUAUAACGUAAUAAUGAACAAAAGGCUGUCGUUCUUUUUUCAAACAUUAAUAACGUUUAACCCUUUUUCCAAAAUCCUGUGAUACACGUGGAAAUGUAUUGAUUGACGUAAUGUUAAACGAGUGGGAAAUAUUCAAAUUCACUUACAUAUAAUUUUAAAAUUAAACCUCCCUAUCAUUCACGCACGAGUAUUUAUAUUGUCUAGGAAAUUUGUAUUUAAAAUUAAAAACUAAAACAAAUAUACCCUUUGAAUGGCUUUUAGUGUUUCUUACUCGUCGUGGAAAUAUUAUAAACACGAUGACAUAAUACGAUUAUCCUUAUUAGGUUUGCUUUAAGCGUAUGUUCAAUAUUUGUAUAGCUACCACACUCGCGUCUUUGUUGCCAUUUUGUAAUUUCGCGUGUAUGCGUGCCAAUUUAAUAAGUAUCCAAGGAGUAGGUACAUUCGCCUGCAGUCCGCAAUCGAAAUCCGGUUUUGCUACUGUAUUGACAUGAUAUAUUAUAGCUACAUAGUAACGUUUCACAACAAAUCGAGGGAUAUUUUUUAAAUAUCGAAAUGUCGUAGCUCGUAAAACAAGUGUUUGGAAACGGCGAUAGCUAUUUCGGUAGUUUAUUGUGCAGUGCGUUAUAAAUACUAUUUAAUAUUACGGGCGUUCUCCACCUGAGCGCAGACACCUCCCCCUACCCUAAAAUAGUUAUGUCAUUUUUAUUUUUUACCUUAAAACUAUCGGAUAGACCGUUUGGGAGUUUCUUUUGAAUAGUGUUAUCCGGAAUUCACGCAUGAUAUAAAAAAUCCUGACCUACCUUUUGGUUUGAACUCGCGAUGUUGUACCGAUGAAGUUAUAGUGGAUACCCUGAGUGAAAAUCAAAAACCUUUAAUCGUUAAAAAAUCGCGUUGGGUUUAGAUAAAGCAAGGAAGGAUAAUGGAAAAACCACAUGAUCAAAGUGCCCAGGUCACAGGAAUCGGAUAAUAAUGUGCUUUAUUUUUGUACUGUCCACAGCAUGUUAUAUAAUUCUAUAAUCGCGCUCAUUUGGAAUGUAGAAACCUACCUGGAUAAAAUAACAGCUUACCUAGUAUACCGCGCUCAAGUGGCCUACGAUUAUAUCGUACCGCACUCAGAUAACCCACUCCCAAUUUUAUAUACAUACGUCGUCGUUAUACCGAUGGCGACCAUUGUGUGCAAAGUGACAAGAGUGCAAAACUAUGCAUAAACGUCUUAUUUUAUCCCUAUAUGCACAUACCGAGUGAUUCAUUUAAGUGGGUACACUCAUUAUCUCGGAAAGUAUUAACUUCUUUCGGAAUUUGUUUUCUAGAACAUUUAAGAAACAACCAGCUAUACAAUUUUAUAUCUAUGUUAUUUUUUGUAACCCUUAUUUUUUGAUUUUCAAAUGGCAAUCCAUAUUAAAAAUUCCAUAAAUAGAUGGAGUAUUAGUUAAAAUAAAUUUGAGUGAAAAAAUUUUUGAUUUCCGUUGAUCCGUUGAUGAGAUAUUCAACUUUUAAGUUUGGGUUGGAGGAGAGUAAUGAUAUAUUAUUAACACGUCGCGCGCCGUACCGCCACACGAAUGACACACCACUAAUCUCCUCCAAUCCAAACUUAAAAGUUGAAUAUCUCAUCAACGAAUCGGCGGAAAUCAAAAAUUUCCGGAAAAAUCGUGUACUUUCCGAGAUAAUGAAUAUACCCAUUUAAAUGAAUCACCCGGUAUGUGCAUAUAGGGAUGAAGAAAGCGUCCGAGUGAUAUCAAAAAUAACUUAGAAACCACUUGGUACAUAAUUCUUGAUUAAAAUGGAAACAAAUAUAAGUUUAUUAUUAUUUUUUUUAAAUUUAAAUUUUUAAAUUACUUGAUCACUUUUGGAAUGAAUGCGACGACGUAUCAAUAUCAAACGAACGCCCAUAUUCGAUUAAUUUGUGUCGUUAAAAUAAAUCGAUUAAAAAAAAUUAUAACAAAACCCGACCACAAACAUAGAAAAUUACCAUUAUCCUUGGCCGAAAUAAAUAAUACAAUUAAAAGUUUCAUCCGUCGAUCAUACAUUUUGUUAGGUAUUUAAACAAUUCAAAUUGUUUCUUUCGAUUUAUUUGAAAAGUACAAUGAAAACACCGCUAUAAAAAUGGUCAACCAAAUAACAUUCAGAUAUUCAAAUAUUUUAUUAUUUAUUUAUUUAACUAUAAUUUUAAAAAGGAAAAAAUUGUGUAAUAAAUUACCGAGAAAUUAUUCAAUGAGAAGUUUGGAAUUGAUUGUCUUAAAAUAUUUCUCGUAUUCGUCAACUUUGGUUGUCCGAUCAGCAGCGACUCUUGUUCGUCACUAAGUUGUCACUGUCCUAAAAUCUGACGUAUUUCAUUUUUGCAAAAAUCUGCUCACAUAAAUAAAGAAUUGGCACUAGAGAAAUAUCGUAAUCGUUUCACGGGUACAUUUCUUGGGAUUUGGAAAAGAAUCGUUCGGCAAUGUUUGUAGUCUCAUUUCCUUGAAACAUUUGUCUUCGAACAGGUUAUUUGUUUUAAACCAGACUGUAACGCAGAAUACAAGACACGAUGAAAAUCAAUACUGAACGAAAACUGUAAAUCUAAUUCAAUAUUAUGUACUCAUAAAUAACAGUGCCGUCGCGCGUUGACUAAUAUAAGAUAACGACAUACGUGACAUUCGAAGGGUUUUUCGUUAUUUUAGUUGUUAAAACAAAAUCUUGAUAAACACCUUUUAGGGCCUUUUCAGACGAGACGUUUCGUGUCCGGUCUCCCGGCGUCUGAAAAGAAUUGCAUGGCUAAGAUAACAUUUCUGUAAAUAUAAAAAUAUACACACGGGCACGGACACAGAAUACGUGUCCCGUUUCCGCUAGCCGCCGAUACUAUAAUGUAUGUUCGUGUCUUGGUUUCAAAUAAUAGGUACAUUAUUUUCAAUUAAUACGUUCGGAGUUUAGACUGAACAAGCUAAAAAUACACGUCUAUGUACUUUUGUUUUUUUUCCCCUGUAUUAUUAUAACUUCUAUUACAAUAUUGAUAUAAUUAUUUAUAUAUAUACAGAUUGACUUGAUAUAAUUUAUAUUAGAAUUUAUUAUGAAUAUUGACACACGUACGUGAACCAAUUACAGAGUACACCCGUAAGAACCUUUUACGUAGUUUUUCUUUUCUUUUUUUUCUUUUUUUUGUUCUUUUAAUAAGACAAUGUACACAAUAAAAUGACUUCUUCCGCCUCCAUGUCGGCCAUGUCAAUCCACAUCAUGUCGGGUCAACAAUGAAUGAAAACUAAAGCCGUCUUCACACGAAGCGACUCCCAGACGACGCGACGGAUACUCGAGUAUCGGACGUUUGAGUUGCUUUUUAGUAGGAUACCCAUAACCAUAAGCAAUACACUUAACUACUCUUAGCUACCACGCGUCGCUUAGGCGUAGCGUCGUUUAUGUCUUUCCAGUACUUAAUAUAGGAAGUGAUUUACAAGAUACACGAGUAUCCGUCACGUCACCUGGAAAUCGUCUCGUGUGAAGACGACCUAAUAAUUCUAUCAUAAUCGUAUCGUAAUAAUAUUACAAUUAAAUAUAGUGCCUAUGUUUUCAUCAGAUACCUGUGUUCUGUAUACUGGCUCGAUUCUAGUAUUUGAGACAGAUAUUUAGGUACCUAAAACCUAAAUAUUUUUAAAUUAUCAAUAUAAUUACUGAUAAUGGUGAGAUUCGUUUUUUAUUUCUGAUAAUACCUAUGUAAUAUUUGUCUCUAUCCGUAUGCGAACUAUUAACACCCUAUCCCUCGUGUACUUUUCAAAAUAUUUGUCCCGUCACUUUCAAGGCUCGCGAUAAGCCGCCACUGACAGUAACCGCAUGUGAUGUAAAUGGGAGGGGGUAGGAUAUUAUUUUCGUACCAGGGCACAACAUUUCUAAAUGCGGCUCACUGAGUCUAUAAUACUAAUGAUUUGAAUUUUAAAAGAACAUAAUAUUAUACUGUGUUGCUGUAACAGUUGUAGUAGAUGUACAUAAUUUGAUAAUAAUAUAAUGAAAACGCGAGUAUAGUACAUAAUAUUACUAUGAUAAAUGAUGGUGUAACAUCCUCUUGAGAAUGAUAUAUUAUGGAAACAUUGGAAACUGCGCGUAUAGACGCGGUUAUUGUAAACUACUUUGUACUCCCGUAUUUCAAAUAACUUUGAAAUGUUUAACGUUUAACGUAUGAUCUGUUUAUGAUACCGUCGUCGCCGUGGUAGGUACCUGUACACAACAAUAAUAUAAAAUAGAUUAUAAACCGUCGCAAACCAAAUGCGAUUUUGUUGAAGUGAGUGAAACUCGGAUAAGUGUUUGUUUGUUUAUUAAAUUUAAAUUUGUGUACAUUUUUAAGUACGCAACACAAUUUUUAAUUCGUGUUCGUACCUAUUUUAAUUGAUUUUUACGAAUUAUGUCGAAAAUUUAAACUUCAAACCUUACCCGUUAAUACUUAAUAAUAGUGGCAUUGCUGUUGUUUUCCUUUUAUCCAAUUUAAUAAUAAAAUAAUAUACGAUCGACUAUUAUGAGUUAUGACGAACAAAAUGUGCAGCAGUUCUUUUAUAGCAGUAAAAUAAUUUUAUGCUCAUGAAUCGGAAAAAGUAUAAUAGGUAAAUACGCAAAAUGUUCGUGAUUUUUACGAGUUUCGGCAUUAUUUGAACUUCAAACGCUAUAAAGGAAAACUAUUAUAUGCCACUACGAUUGACCUAUUUUUUUUUUGCUAUGAAUAGUAGCGUUACUCUUUUAUCGAAAUUUCCUCGAAAAUAGAACUUGUUUUAUGUGUGCUGUAUAUUAUAUAACAUAUACAUAUCUUUUUCCUGCUACUUUUGGUCACUUUUACACUCUGGACCAAAUAAGCUCAAACUUGGGAAUUAAAGUUGUUUUAUGGCAGAUGGAAAUAAUAAAAGUUAAGUUGGAUUUAUUUUUGUUUUUACGGGAGAAGGGUGUUUUUAGCUUUAAACAGUAAUAAACAUUUUUUUUUUUAACCUUGUCGACAUUUUUUUUUUUUAAGGUAGUAUGUAAUGUACGUAGUAUCGUAGUAUUGUAUUAUUAAAGUAUUUCAUUAUUUUUCAUCUUGCAAAGAAUAUUUCUAUAAUACAAAUAAGUGGAGGGGGGAGAGAAAUAUAUAACUUUAAAUAAAUAAAUUUAUAAUUUAAACACUUAUAAUAGUGUUCACCCACUGUGCAAUUAUUAUCUCAGAAAUGUUAAUAAGACGUUCUGUUGAAACACAGAAUAUCACAAAUUUCGUUCCAUAUAAGUAUGUUUAACAUCCCUAUGUUGUUAUUAUGGCAGCAAUCAUGUCUUUCACAAUACAUUUUUUAAACAUGACUUUUUAACAUCCGUACAACAGUUAUAUCACAUUGCUUAUUGAAAUCUCGUUAAUACGAUAUCCCUGAUAUACUGAUAAUGGGGCGCGUUUGUAACUCAAUCAGGUAAGUUUUAAAUCUAUUUAUUUCUAACAUACCAAGAACCACAAAAUCGUGUUUAUAAAACAACAUUAUACAUACUUGAAAAUAUAAGCCCUGUAUGCAAAAAUACAAAAAAUAAAAACGCAAUAAAACGGAAUCUUGUUUCUGCCGCCGCUGGGUAUUGAACCUACAUAAACCUAUGUUAGGCACCAAAAAAAAUGUUUAGUGGGCAACUGCUUAAGGGAGUUUUUCUUCUUUUUAAUUGAAUGUAUUAAUUAUAACGUCAAAUUACUGGGAAUACCUGGUGUAUCACAUAAAUAAUGAAAAUUUCAAAUUUAACCCCCGUCCCUCUUCUCGAUAUAUUUUCCUGACUACGCCACUGUUGUAUAGAUACUUAAGCUUAUUUGUGUAGAUCAAGAUCAAUUUAUACUAUAUUUUACUCGAUCGUAUGAUAAGCGUAAGUACAUAAAAAUGUAAAAAAAAAGUCUCCACUCCAUAUUUAAUUGCGUCAAUAUCGUCAAAAUCACUGAACAAAUUUAGAGGGCGUGUUUAUGACGUGCAAUAAUUCAUAAUCUAAUAGUACCUAUGUAACCCAAAAAAAUAUAAUAUACUCAGAAACACAGUAGCAUCAUAAGCAUAUUUCAAAUCCUAAACAAAGUAUUAAAAAAUAACACAAACGAGACCACCCCACUUUUCCCCUUGGCGUGUUUCUAUAGAACUAAGGAAUUCCAUUAGGGAAGCGUCGUUCACCACGCCACCGUUGGUAACCGUACUUUUGGGAGAAAAUGUUUGUUUUAAAUUCAUAAAAAAAAUAUCGUCAAAGUAAAAUACAGACCGUUUUAUGGCUUAAAGAUAAAUCGUUUUAGAUAUACAGGUGGUACGUGCAUAUAUAAUAAAGGUGGCAAUAUGCAUUUGUUGUUGUAUACGCAACGAAAACUUUUAAAUCCUUUGACCUUUGGUAUCGUUAAAACUUUGUAUACAACAAUAAUAUUCCACUAGUCGUAAACACGAAUUCUUGUAUGGUAUUAACUAUACUAAGUGCGUGAAGAAAAAUAUAUCUGUACCCUGUACAUAGGUUGGUGCAAGAGGGGGUCAUAUUUUAUUGAUUAUGAAAUAGCGAUUUGUAAAAUUCAGUUUAAAAUAAUCGCAUCGGGCCCUUUCUAGAACCAUUUCAAUGGAUCAAAACAUUCUGAUUAUUUUUAAGCUAUUUAAGAUGUUUAUUUAUAGCCAUUCGAAAUUGUUGAGGUUUUACUUCGUUUUAUGUGGAUAAAAUUGUUUUAGCCCAGAAAAAAUGCUCACAUUUCAACUCGAGAGUCGUCAUCAAUAACAGUAUAUUACUUAGUAUUACUUAGUGGUAAAAAAAAUUGUGCGUAAUGUAGGUAAUCAAUAAUUUUGUUUAAUAAGCAUUUAAAGUUCAGUUCGUAAAAAUCGCUCUUAAAGUCAAAACAUAUUUCACUAAAAUUCGCUUAAAAUCGAUUUUUUUUAGCAAUAAUUUAUCGUUGCAUACAGAUAUAAAUUAAACUACUCUGUUUAUCCUACGAUCCCAAUUUCCCAUCUACAACAGUGGUACAACCAUAAGCACGCCCAUCAACUGCUGUAUCGUCUCUUUUUUUAUAUAUAAUUAGAUAGGCAAUAGUAGUAUAGUAGCAAUUCCUAAAAUAUCUUAAUAUAUUAAACUACGUAUAAUUUAAUAUACAUUUAAAGAUAUUGUAAAAUAAAUAAAUAUUUUAAAGAUAAAACAUUUUACAAUAUAUUUGUAUGUCUAAAGUAAAAAAACAUUGUAGUAAACAUAAGUAGGAAUCAUAAAAAUCGAAAAACAAUUUUUAUCAAAAUCCUAACCAGAACCACAAUAUACAAUUAAUAAAUCGUGAAAUUUAAAUUAAUUACUCAGAAAAACUGGGCGCUCUGAUUUGAAACCUGGGCUACUAAACAUCCCGAUUACCUAUGUGCGUCUAUGAAUAGCGGGUCGCAUGAAAAUCAUUUUCGAAUUCCUUUCGACGUUAUUAAAAUAAUUUCUGUAAUAUUAUCAUUAUUUAUUUGUAGAAGUGAAUUAGUAACAUAUAUUCGUAUUAUUAAUUAUACAAUAUGUAACCUAUGACAAAAUGUAUUGUUUGAGUAACAAAACAAUAUCGCAUAUUGUAAUAUAAGGUUAGCAAAAUUUAACUAUGAAUUCCUCAUGGUCACUCUGCAACCAUGGCCUUUUCGUCCAAGUUCAGCUGUAUACCUACAGGACGGUUUUGUUUUCCAUUACGUGGAAGCCAUUAUUAUUUCAGUCAAAUUAAUGAAGUGCACAUACAAUUUUAUACAAAAACAUACGAUAUGAUUUACCGAUUUUUAUAUUAUUAAUGCGAUUUUAUAAUAUUAACAAUCGAUAGUUUGAAUUAUGCGCCUACACGGGGUGAUCAACAUGAUGUAAAACAUUUAUUAUCCCGGAAACUAUGAACUUUGAUUGUAGAACAUUUAUAAAAUUGGUAACUCUACAAUUUUAAAUUAUCCUAUUUUUUUUUUUUUUUUGUGCUACACAUAAAAAUCGGAGCAAAAUUGCUGGUAAAAAAGUCGUUCAUAGAAAAAAACAAAAACAGAACACCGUUGUAAAACCAAUACUAAAAACUAAAAGUAAACGCUUGAAAGAACAAAUUCCACUUUUAAGGAACGAGUUCCGUUUUUGUAGUAGGACGAGAAAAGGGAACGAAUUCCUUUUUAAAAGGAACGCUGCCGAAACUGGGUCUAACCCCUUCCGAAAGUCCUCCUAGUUGCUUCUAUCAUGUUAAUCAUAAAUAUAAAUAGUUUAAAUUGUUGAAUUAAUAUCGGACUGAACAUGUAUUAAUGGAAUUAUAUUUUAAAACGAAUAAUAUGUCGAAAUAUUAUAAUAUGUUAUGAAAAAUUAGUAGGUGGGUACUUUUCAAAUGUGAUUUUAUACUACACAGUUUUUGUGUGUGUACGUGUGUAAACACCGGUGUGUGGUAAUAUUGAUGGUGUAGGUACUGAUACCUACACAAAAACACGGCGACGAACACAACUUUUGGGUCAUCCGCGAUUGGGAAACGGCGAGUGGCAACGGAUCGAAAUAAACGAACGGAUACAGAAUGAAAAAAAACACUAUAAAACUGGGCUACGAGGAUAACGACUUUAUGGUUGAAGAACGGCAGGUGAGUCCAAGCCGGCGACAGCAACGUCAUCGCCAGCACGCCGCGGGACUGCCGAACGACCGAAUCGACUAGACGUUUACCAGGGGACGUCACGGCGUUAUCGUUUGCCGUUUGUUCCAUGACGUUCGUACCUAUAGCCCGCCGACCCGUCACCUACACGGCUUCACCCCGCUACUGCACUGAUCAAAACAGUAACUCGUCCGUCGCACGUAUAUUUUUCUCGCCGUCGCUUUACAAUAACAAAAAAUACUGUCGCGCACAGAACCGCGCAAAAAACUCGGUUAAUCUAUUAGUAUUAUCGUUAUCGAAACAUUAUUAUCAUAAAAAUAUUAAAAAUUGUUACUAUUCUCAACGGGUCAUCGACGACCAGAAAUUAAUAAUAUGUAAUUUUAAUUAUUCCUUCCUGCCAGUAACGACAACUCGCGAUUGUUUAUACUCGUUAGUGCACAACACGUCACAACGCGACCGCCGCAACAAUACUUAAUAUUAUAACCAUGUCAAAUUUUUACAACAAAGUGACUUUAGCCUACACGUCGUCCAAACCGAUGAACAAACGUAUGACUCUGCAAGAAAUAUCCCAAGCCAACCAAUGGAUUAACGGUGAGAACGGUAAUGAUCGCGAUUUUCUGUUUACCCGCAGGGUCUAUUUUUAUGUGUAGUGGCAAAAUUAUACAAGUAUUACAAGUUUGCAGUAGGUAAUUCGUGUGUGUGUGUGUUGUUAUUUUGGCACAAGAGUUCAAUGUACUCUUGUAUCACGGUAAUGUGAUUUUUGUUUUGUUUUCUUCGAUAAUACUAUUGGCAUUUUUGUACCUACCUACAUACCAUAACGAAGGAACAGAAAUCGAAUCAGUUAACUAAUAGUACAUACGAGAUUUAGUUGUAACAUUUCCAUUUUAAUUACCCAACUGGUCGGUUUAAUAAUAACACAGAUGGAUAGUUUGUGAGAAAAUACAUGUUUUGUCUGUUUUCCUACUUUUAUAGCAAAUAUCAUCGACGAGUGCUAGAUUAUCAAAUAAAAACUAUGUUAUAGGUAGGUACCUAAUAUUUGUGUUCACUGUUUGCAUAAAAUUACUUCAGUUUUUUAUCAAUGUUGUUAUAACUAUAAUUAUGUUGCCUAAACACCCAAGUAUCCACGGCACAAAGUAUAAAAUGAUAACGUUUUUAACCGUCAACUAUCCUAUUCUGUUGUCUGGCCAUUCUGGCUGUGGGCAGCAUAGACAAUCUACAGUAGCCUGAACUAUUUUGACUAUUUUUGCAAUCCUCCAGAUCUAAAUAAUAUAAUUAAACUAACCAUAAGUACGUGAUAGGUAUAUUAUUAUGAUGUUACUUAGAUAAGUACAUAUGUACAGAAUGUUGAACAUAUUUAAACAAAUUGGUGAUUUAUUAUGCAUAAUUAUAUCAACUCAUGCACUUUAUAAUGUGCAAUAGCAAAAAUAAUAAAAAAAUAGUUUCUGAUUUUCAUUCUUAAUAUUUUUGAGUUUCGACUGAAUUAUCAAGGUUUCACUGUGUUUGGUCAUUUGAAAACACAAUUUAUGUUCUAUGUUACAGAUACUCUGAGCGCUAAUUCAUAUGGAAUGCCUCAAUCUGGUUCCACUGUGUCUCAGAGAGAAAGUUCUAGUUUCUUACCAGUCACUCAACCAGCCAGUGCACCAGUGUCUCCAGUGGGUUCCCCGGUUGCACAACUACUGACCACUCUAUCAAAUAUAACUUUGGAUCCAAAUUGGCAGGCAAUUAAGUCAACUGUACGCGAGCGUAAUGCUGCUAUGUUCAACAAUGAUCUUAUGGCUGAUAUAUACUUUAUUGUCGGUAGUCCAGGUUAGUGUUUCACUUAUAAUAUAGUAUAGGUUUGUAACAGUUAUAUAUAAUGUACUUGUAAAAUGUCAUUAUUAUUAUACUAGGACACACUCAACGUAUACCAUCGCACAAGUAUAUUUUAGCAACAGGAAGUUCUGUUUUUUAUGCCAUGUUUUACGGUGGCUUAGCGGACACUAAAGAAGAAAUUGAAGUUCCAGAUGUUGAGCCCACUGCUUUUCUCACAUUAUUAAGGUUUGUAAGACAAAUCUUUUUCUUUUUUUUCAAUAAUUAAACUCCAAUGGUUUAAUUUAUUUUUUUAGGUAUUUAUAUUGUGAUGAAAUUCAAUUAGAAGCAGAUACCGUGUUAGCUACACUGUAUGUGGCUAAAAAAUACAUUGUUCCACACUUAGCCAGAGCUUGUGUUAAUUAUUUAGAGACAAGUUUAACAGCUAAAAAUGCAUGUUUACUGCUCAGUCAGUCUCGAUUAUUCGAAGAGCCAGAACUGAUGCAAAGAUGUUGGGAAGUUAUUGAUGCACAAGUAAUAGUUUUUUUGAAACAAAUAAUUUGUAUUUAAUAACCUUAGCUCUACUAUUUGUAUUUAAUUACCUACAGGCAGAAAUUGCAUUACACUCUGAUGGAUUUGUUGACAUUGAUGCUGACACACUACAAAGUGUAUUAGGACGUGAAACGAUCAAUUGUAAAGAAACAAUAUUGUGGGAAGCAGCUAUGAACUGGGCAUCAGCUGAAUGUAGUAGACGAGAAAUAGAUCCUACACCAUCAAAUAAAAGACAAGUAUUAGAUUCCGCUCUGUAUCUACUCAGAUUACCAGCAAUGUCUUUGGAAGAAUUUGCUAACGGACCAGCUCAAAUGGGAAUGCUAACUUUAGAAGAAACUGUUGAUUUAUUUUUACAUUAUACCGCAUCCAACAAACCUUGCCUGACUUAUCCAACCAAACCACGUGUUGGACUAAAACCUCAGACAUGCCAUCGAUUUCAGUCCUGUGCAUACCGUAGUAAUCAGUGGCGAUAUCGAGGACGUUGUGAUAGUAUUCAGUUUAGUGUUGACCGUCGUGUGUUUAUUGUUGGUUUUGGUCUUUAUGGUUCGUCGACUGGGGCAACCGAUUACAAUGUUAAAAUUGAACUCAAACGUCUGGGUCGUAUUUUGGCCGAAAAUAACACAAAAUUCUUCUCUGACGGUUCAAGUAACACUUUCCGUGUGUAUUUCGCGCAUCCUGUACAAGUAGAUCCUGAAUUAUUUUAUACUGCUUCAGCUAUAUUAGAUGGGGUGGAACUAAGUUAUUUCGGCCAAGAAGGGCUUAGUGAAAUAAAUGCUGGUUGUGUAACAUUUCAGUUCCAAUGUUCAUCUGAAAGUACUAAUGGAACUGGAGUUCAAGGUGGUCAAAUUCCUGAACUUAUUUUCUAUGGACCAGCCAGUGAGGAUCAUUAG